UCCUAUUUAUUACCCAUCUCCACUCUUCUCAAAUCAAUUUAAAGAGGAGAAAAAACCAAAACCAAAAAAAAAAAAAAAAAUCACACACACAUACACACACAUACACACACAUGUCUACCUUAUCAAACAAUCACACACCUGAGAGCUCUCUCGCUAAACUCGCUCCGCUUGAGGCGGUGUUAUUUGAUAUCGAUGGAACCUUAUGUGAUUCGGACCCUCUUCAUUACCUGGCGUUCCGCGAAUUGCUUUUAGAGAUUGGGUACAAUAAUGGCAACCCGAUCGAUGAAGAGUUCUUUAUUAAGAACAUUGCUGGAAGAAGCGACACGGAUGCGGCUCGCAACUUGUUUCCCGACUGGGAUCGUGAGAAGGCCAUGAAAUUCCUCGAUGACAAGGAAGCCCUUUAUCGGAAGUUGGCGCCUAAACAGCUGGUGGCGGUAAAUGGUCUCAACAAGAUAUGCAAAUGGGUCAGCGACCGAGGCCUGAAGCGCGCGGCGGUGACUAACGCUCCGAGGGCUAACGCCGAGCUCAUGAUCUCGAUCCUCGGUCUCACCGACUUCUUCCAGGCCGUAGUAAUCGGAAGCGAAUGCGAGCGCGCGAAACCGGCCCCUGAUCCUUACCUAAAGGCCCUGAAGGAACUCGAUGCUUCCCCUCAACACGCCUUUGUCUUUGAGGAUUCGCCGUCGGGAAUAAAAGCCGGUGUCGCCGCGGGGAUGCCGGUGAUUGGCUUGGCGACGAGGAACCCAGAAAAAUCAUUACUUGAAGCAGGAGCAGUGUUCCUUAUAAAAGAUUAUGAGGAUCCAAAGCUUUGGAUGGCUCUUGAAGAGCUUGAGAGAGUGGAAGCUAAGUUGAAGGAGUAGAUCAAUAGCAGAAAUUUUGAACUUCUUUUGUUUUUUUUUUUUAAAAAAAAGCUAUUAAGAUGAUCUAUUUGAUGAUCAUAUUUAACUGUUGUUAUGAGUAGAUUGAGAGGACUUUAACAUGAUUAUUAUGCCCUCUUACUAUAAUUGCUUUUACUAAGUUAUCAUCAAAUGAUUGAAUAAACUCAGCAUUAUGUGCUGUUAUUUUUAUGCCUACAA